AAGCACACGUGUCCCAUCCCUGCCCAUUGCCCAAUCCUUCCUUCUUCUACAAGGACAAACCCAAGCCCUCGCCUUCUCUUCUUCCCCUCCUACCUCCUCUUCCCUUUCCUUCUUCACCCUUACAGAAGGUGUAUGCAUUGAUUCUUCAAGCGGCCAUGAGCCAUAUGUACUGGUGUGGAGGUUGGAAGGUCUGUGCUACUUGUGAUUUUUGGAUAUCUGUAAUGUGCUUGGGUCUCUCUUUGCACCCUUCCAAGGGAGCAGGAGUAAAAAUGUUGGAAAUGUGGAUGCCCGUAGUAGGUACAUAGCAUUCAGCUUCUCUCUAGAUUUGAGAAUCAAUACUGUAGGUCCGAGGUUCGUGAUAUAGCAGAAUUUGUGGAGCAUUUUUUUUUUCUUUUUCUUUUUUAAAGUAAUUGUUAUGUUGAUAACAUUUGGAGUGACAAGUUCACAUGUACAUCUGAUUAAAAUAACAGGUUCUUUGUUGAUUAGAAAACUAGGUGGAGAAUGGUGAAUUCAUACAAGUAGUGUGGGUGAAUGAAAACUGACAUUGCACCUUAGAAAAGCAAGUCGUUAAGAUCUUUUAGAAAGUAUACACAUUAGUUUUUGCGAAUACUACUGAUGGGCUUGCCGCAAGUUCCUUCAAGUGAAACAGGCGGGGAAGUUGAAGAAGCACCGUUGGGUACGUUUUUGCAGAACCCACCUCGAUUUACUGAUGCAAGCACCUGUGUCAUGGAGGGAAUGUGCAGCGAAAGUAUGAGCCGAUUUACUGGGAAUCCACCAUGCUCUUCCAGGAUAGAUUUCCAAAGAAACACCUGCUUGGAGCUUGCAAAGGUUCAUGAAGAUUCAUUUAAGUUUAGAGGGGCAAUGGAAGUUACUUCCAAUAUUCAUGGUAUGAGAAUUGGUUCUGUGGAUAAAGGUAAUUGGUCGACUUCUAAAAGUGGGUGGAAUAUUCAGAACCCUGUUUCUAGGGUCGUGGGUUUUGAAUCAGGUGGAACAAGUUCUCCAACUGGGCUCAAGGGAGUCUCAGUUGUUGAUGUUCAUUCUUCUGCUGGGAAUAAUGUCACACUCAAUGAAAGUGAGUCCAUUGGGGCACUAGCCAGGAAGCGAUUGUUGUCGCCAUUGAGCAGUAUGCUUUCCCCUGAUCAAUUUAUCAUUGAUUCGCUAGACAUUGGGUGCAGAAAUAUUAAGGCAAAUUCACCAACCUUUAACCAUAAUUCUAGUAUUUCUCUAGCGAAAGAUAAUAAGAAAGCAAAUAUUGGUAGCCAAAACCAUGUUACCUUGCCAACCUGGUCCUUGUCUAAUUGCUUGGAACAGAAGAAUACAGAGUCCGAUAAUGGUAGAAAGGGAUCAAUGUUAUUCACUGAUGGCCCUUUGCUGGAAAACAAAGAACUGCCAGAUUGUAAUAGUUGUUUAUUUUCACCUGGGCUUGAUCACUGCAUAGAUUCAAGUAAGGUAAGGUCUCAAAGUGGGGCAAUAUCAAUAUCUCCCCUAAAGGUCGACUCACCUUCACUUUCUUUGUCACCUCUUGGUCCAAAGUUUGCUGAAAGAAUGAAAACUGCUGGAGGAUGCAGGACAAUCAAAAACAAGAUGGAGGACCGUCAUUUAACCUUAAAAGAUAUAGGACAAUCACUUGAAAGAUCUGACAGAGGCAUUAUCCUUGCCUGUAAUGCAGAGGAUAAUAGGAUUGCCAGCAAAUCAUUUGAAGAAAUUUAUAUUUUGCGAAAAGAGCUCCAUCCAUCUUCUUUGGAAAGUAAUGCUGACAGAAGUUGGCCUCUUUCCCAAGAGUCAGUUCCAACCUUCCAAUGUAAAAGAUUCAUUAGAAGUCUAAGUGGACUUCCUGUUCGGAGGUCCCUGGUUGGUUCAUUUGAGGAGUCUCUAUUGUCUGGUCGGUUCUUAUCCGGAAAACUCAGUCAGAGAAUUGAUGGCUUUCUAGCUGUACUAAGCAUUACUGGAGGGAAUUUUUCACCACAGACAAGGAAGCUUCCAUUUUCAGUAUCCAGUGUGGAUGGAGAUUGCUACUUGCUGUAUUAUGCAUCCAUAGAUCUUGCGGGGAGUUCAUCAUUGAAGAAGUGCAGUGGCCAAAAACUAAGACGAGGCCUUGGCAAUGAUGACUCGCAAACUUUCAAGAGCCGCCUGCGCAUUCCAAUGAAAGGGCGUAUACAGCUGGUUCUCAGCAAUCCAGAGAAGACACCUCUUCACACUUUCCUUUGCAACUAUGAUCUGACUGACAUGCCUGCUGGUACCAAAACAUUCUUGCGGCAGAAGCUCACCCUAGCUUCAUCCAGCCCAAAUUCUGCACAGUUGAAGCAAGGGCAUAUAGAUAUAAACAGUAAAGUUAUAGACAAGGGGGUUCCAGCCUCACAGCAAAGCCGUACUAUACAGUUCAGCGAGGAAGUAAGGAGUGCAGGUGGAGUUGGCACUGUACAUACAGUGAGAUCCGUGGAUCAAAAAAAUGAAAUUAAUCGAAAUGAAGAAUCUAAACGGGUGGAUUCAACAGAUAAAGGGGAGCUGUCCAAGAAGUUUCUCAACAUGGGAGGGCUAGGUUGUCCAUCCUUUAUUAUUGAGCAUGGGUGUGACACUGAUCAAUGCCAGAGGAUUGAGGGGAAGGACAACAGCUGUGCUGGUAAAUGUUGUGAAACUCUCGGGAAAUCACAUGGUUGUUCAAAGGUCAAUGAUAAUACUGCUGGUGCUGGUGCUGGUGCACUUCGCUAUGCUCUUCACCUCCGUUUUAUUUGCCCUUUCAUCACAAAAUGUUCUAGGUCAGUUCAGAAAUGCAAAUCUGAUCCUCAAUCUGCACCACAAAAUAAACACGUGGAAGGGGAGCGGAGGUUCUACCUUUACAAUGACUUGAGGGUUGUGUUCCCUCAACGCCAUUCAGAUGCUGAUGAGGGCAAGUUGAGGGCGGAAUACCAUUUCCCAGAAGAUCCAAGAUACUUCGAAAUCAACUGAAGUGAAAUUUCUAAUUAACCUCUCCCCGAAAGCAAAGAUUAUUUGCUCUGUAUAUAUUCAUCUCAUCUCAUCUCAAAAUUGCAUUAACCUUGACUUCUUUACCUGUAAAGAAUUAGAUUCCAAAUAAUUUGAUGGGUUAAAUAUUAUAUGGCA